AUGGUUAAACUUCUUGUUGUGGUGCUUCUGCUAUCUCUUCUCAUCUAUGCAGCCACAGCAUGGGAUGCUGAGGGCUUCUUCAACUUCAAGAGUUGUUCACCAAAUCGGUGCAGCAAACAUGGACCAGAGGUCCGGUUCCCACUCCGCCUUUCAUUACAAUCUCCGUCAUGUGGCACACCUCUCCUGGAGUUAUCCUGUUCUGGACAGGACAUCAUCCUGUAUCACCAAGUUCUAGGCUCCUGCAAGGUGACUGAAAUAUCUUACAAGAAUGCUUCCAUGACUGUCAUUCCACUUGUAGAUUCCACACCUCAUUGCCCGCUUCAGAAGCUCAUAUUGGCAAAUUUAUCAACUGAUGCAUACAAACCUCAAACACUGGGAGCUGCAAGCUUAGUAAGUUGUUCAACAGAUUCCAUACCAAGAAAUAACCAUGGUAUAGUCGGCCCAAUAUCUUGUUUCAGUAACAACGGAAGCCAGUGGUAUUUGGUACAUCCAUAUGCAUCCAUGUCUGUUCUUCAGCCAGACUGCACAGUUGUUUGUAAAGGCAUACAUUCACCCUCAACUUACAAGGAAACAGAAGAUGGAGUCAUUGGUGUCAGUAAGUUGGUAUUCACUUGGGACUCCAGUAACAUAACCAGAGAUUGCCAAAAAUGUGAAAAUGAAGGCAGACAUUGUGGUUUCAGCUCACGAAAGGGGCGGGCGUUCUGCCAUUAUGGUUCAUAUGUCAUAACCAUCGCAGCACCAUCUGUAGCCAUCAUUGUAGUUCUUUUGCUCAUAGUGGCCACUGCACUCUAUCUUUUCCUGAAGCCGCAGUAUGACGAAGAGGUGCAUUUGAAGGUCGAAAUGUUCUUGAAAACGUAUGGAACAUCAAAACCCAAAAGGUAUACUUUUUCUGAAGUUAGGAAAAUUGCAAGGAGGUUCAAACAUAAGUUAGGCCAGGGUGGUUUUGGCAGUGUAUACAAGGGUGAUCUACCAAAUGGAGUGCCUGUGGCAGUUAAGAUGCUAGAAAAUUCUAUUGGAGAUGGCCAGGAAUUCAUCAAUGAAGUUGCAACCAUUGGGACAAUCCACCAUGCCAAUGUGCUCCGCCUUUUGGGUUUUUGCUCAGAAGGAACAAGACGUGCUUUAAUUUAUGAAUUCAUGCCUAAUGACUCAUUGGACAAAUAUAUAUUCUCACAAGGUUCUGAUGUGUCACGGGAUUUCCUAGUACCUGCAAAAAUGGUAGAUAUCGCUUUAGGAAUUGCUAGAGGAAUGGAAUACCUACAUCAAGGAUGCAAUCAGCGUAUUCUCCAUUUCGACAUCAAGCCUCACAACAUAUUGCUAGAUUACAGAUUUAAUCCAAAGAUUUCAGACUUUGGACUUGCAAAGCUGUGUGCAAGGGAUCAAAGCAUUGUCACGUUGACUGCAGCAAGAGGCACAAAGGGCUAUAUUGCACCAGAAUUAUAUUCUCGGAACUUUGGAGCCAUAUCAUACAAGUCAGAUGUUUAUAGUUUCGGCAUGCUGGUUAUAGAAAUGGUGAGUGGAAGGAGGAACCUGGAUCCGAAUAUUGAGACCCAAGAUGAGGUUUAUUUCCCCGAAUGGAUUUAUGAGAAUUUAUUCACUGGGCAGCACUUAACAAUUGGUAUGGAAAUGACACAGGAUGAAAAAGACAGAGUAAGACAACUGGCAAUUGUGGCGCUAUGGUGUGUUCAGUGGAACCCAAAAAAUAGGCCUUCAACCACACAGGUGGUUAACAUGCUAACAGGAAGGUUGCAGGAUCUGCAGAUGCCUCCUAAACCGUUUGUCUCUUCUACAAGCAAUUCUAUGCAGUAAAAGGACAGCCCACACAUUCUUCCGUAAGAUUCGAAGAACUAGCAUGUACUUGCAAUAUUAUGUUCAAAGAGAAGAAGUUGAUAGUACC